GGAUAAUUGUGCUUACAUCUUUGAGAGAUAAAGUUUCGGACCUUUUUACUUAUUCACGUUUUUCCUCUCAGAUUCAUUAUGCUUGAAUAUACAAGGUUUUUUGCCUGACCUUUUCUAAGGUGGGAAUACAUAAAGCGCUUAUCUGGCUGGCCUCUUCGGAAAUGAACAAAGGAGCCUAGGUCCAAAAUCGAACUAAGUCAAGAAGCCAGCCGAUGACUUUAGUCAGCCAAAUAUGCGCUUUAUGUAUUUCCACCCUUAGAUUUGUUUACGUCAAUUUUCCUAGUUGUCAUUUUUACAUUGUAGCUAUUCAAUAAUGUAAAGUAACACUUCUCGAACCCCCUGAUGUUCCCCUGUGAGUUUUAGCCUAUGAUAGCCAAGAUUUACAUGACAGAUUUUACAAAUGAGGCAAAUUGAAAGUUGUUUUUUUAUUGUAAAAAAAAAACAAUUAACUCAAAUCGAUCCUAAUCUUCGAAUGCAUUCAUACCAAUGAGAGCUAUCAUCAACUAAUAUAAAUUGCCCCAUCAGCAACCAUUUUCCAACUAUUCAGUGUUUAAUUGAAUCGAAUAUCGUUAGAAACUGAUUAGAAAAUGUUAAAAAUAUUUCAAUUGCUGUGUAUUACGAGUCUAUUUUUCCAUAUGAAGGCCCACGACUAUGCCAUUGUCGGUGACGAUAUGAGCUUUAUCCAACCCUGUGAUGAGUCCGAAGAUGAUGGAACUACCAAAUUGGGCGAAUUGGUAACAUUUUAUUUAAAUCACGAUUAUGCCGAGGAUAUGGAAACGAUAGUUUCAAAUGGCAAUAUAACCAUCAACGUUGGUAUUCCCGCAGAAACACAAAUUUUGGGAGAAAUGGAAAUCUACAAAUGGGAACGUGGCCAUUGGGUCAAUACUGUCUUUUCCAUCAAACGUCCCGAUUCGUGUGCGGCUAUAUUUGAUCCAUCCGAAUUUUGGUAUCCAUUAGUUGCCCAAUUGCCCGAAGAAGAUCGUGUCUGUCCACCGCCUAAAGAUAGAGUUUUUAUUAUAAACGAUAUGAAAAAUCGUUUGGAACUAAAAAAUGUCAAUGUACAUGGCGAUCUGUCUGGGAAAUAUAAAGCCACGAUUCAUUUUACCAUUGGAAAUUAUUCUUCUUGCCUGAUGUCGGUCGUUAAUGUCUGGAUAAUUUAGUAGUGAUGCGAAGAAAAUUGUAUUUAUUUAAAGUUUCUGGAAUAAAGAAUUUCUUGAA